UCAAUCAAUCUCAAAGAACUAGAACCACAUUUUCUGCCUCUUCCUAAGCACGUAUCGCAGAUUUCUUCAGGACCAAAUUACGACUUUUAUUCAUCGACAAUGCGAUUUACCAUUUCAUCACCUGUGAUGCCUGAUGCUGUGGUUGAUUAUAACCUAUCAGAUGGAAAGUGGAAUAUCAUUCAACAGCAAAGCAUUCUUCAUGAACGAACACGAAUUCUUUAUGGAACGACUUCCUCUGCAGAAGCAUCAGGAAAAAUAUCUAAUGAGUCGGAGAUUUCUACGGGUGAAGCCAACUUCGAUGAUGAUCAGAUGUGGAACACCCUCUCUGAAUUUUAUGCUUGUGAACACUUCAAUGUCUCAUCACAUGAUGGAGUUUUGAUUCCUUUAACGGUCGUAUACUCUUACAAGAGUAAAAGAGAAAAUGAAAACCCUGGAUUACUUCAUGUACAUGGAGCUUUUGGUGAGCCACUCGACAAACGGUGGCGCAGCGAGUUGAAAAGCCUUCUUGAUCGUGGCUGGGUCAUUGCAUAUGCUGAUGUUAGGUUCGUAAGCAUUUAUACUUCCUUGAAUUCUGAAUGA